CGCUCCGUCAACAUGGCUCCAGGAGGCAUGAUCGCCGUGACAACCUUUGUCCUCUUCUUCAUGCUGGGCCCACUCAGUCCAGCUCCAGCGACCUGUUCCCAAAUGAGCAGAGCAUGUUGUACGAGAUACAACAGAAAGCCGGUGCCUUUCCAGCGCAUCAAGGGCUUCAGAGAACAAACCAUGAAGGAAAACUGUCACAUGGAGGCGAUCAUUUUCUACACGGUGAAGAACAAUGAGAUAUGCGCGACUCGGAGGGAUGAGUGGGUGAGGAAAACGCUGGAAUUACUCAGCUCCAAACUGAAGAAGAUGUCCAAGGCCGACUCAGCUACAGCUACAGUCGGAACUCCGAUGAAGAAAAGAGAAAAUCCUUCAUUUAAUGAUGGAAGUGCUGCAGAAAGACUCUUUGACAGCACAGAGAGUCAAUAUUAG